AAAUCUGACAUUUCCAUUAUUUUAGGUACAUCACAUGUCGUGCAAUUGUUCUUAAAGGAUAUAAAAUAUCAAUCACAAUCUUUUAAUUGUAAGAAUAACUUUCAAGAAAUGUGUACUGUAAAUAAAUUUAAACAUACAUCGAUAAAUUUGCCUAAAGAUUCGAUUUCUUGUGAAAAAUUGGCUAAAGAAACAGUGGAACAAACUCAAAAGCAGGAAAGUUACAAAUUAACUAACUAUGCAUUGGUUCAUAAAAUUCAUCCAAGUGAUCGCCCACUACGUAACAACGUGCCAGAACGAGAAAAAUGUACCGAACUUGACGACAUAUUGGCAAAAUGGAAUAUCUAUAAACCAAAAAAGUGAUAUUGUAUGAAAUUUUUGUGUGAAUACGUGUCUAUUGUUACGAGUUGAAUAUUAAAUUUUAUG